AUGACAACUGUCAGCCAGGCGAUUUUUUGGAAGAGCUCUGAACCUAAGCAAAAACACCCCAAUUUCACUAGAAUUUCGGCGACAAAGCAAAAGUUCACAAUUUAUGCGCAAUCCAAAAUGAGUGAAGCCAAGAACUUGAUGACCACCUUCGGCAUUCUGGCCGUGCUUUUGUUCUUCCUUUGGAUCAUCUACGCCGUUUUGUAAAUGAGUACCUCAUAAAUGGGGGCAUAGAGUUAUGGAAGAG